AUGGUAAACGUCGUUCAGCUCCUCGCUGGUUUGCACGUUCUUCAAUCGUUCGAUGUCGUCGUCCUUGAUCAAUCGUACGUUGUCCGGCAGAGGUGCGUCCGGAUUCUUCAUAAUUUCGUCCAGUUGGUAGUUCCUCAUUUUCUCGAACAGCUUCAGCAAGUUUUCCUUCCUCUGGCGAAGCUGACACCACUUGGCGUCGAACUUGUACACCUUCCAAAGGUCGUUGAUGUUCAACUCUGAUAGGCUCGACAAAGUGUACAGCAAUUCGAAUGGAGGACAAAAGUUUCAAUGAGUGGCGCGAUUCGUCGCAAGCUACAAAAGAGAAAUCUUUUCUUAUUUCGGACAGUGAUGAGGACGUUAGCGACAGUAGCGAGAAAGAGCAAGUUUUUGUGAUCGAGAGCAGCGAGAACAGUGCAAAUGUCUCUGCAAAUUCAAUAUCGAUGAAAGAAUCUGCGUCUGAAAAGCUAUUGUUAACAGAGGAACAGAUCAAAGAUAGGAUUAAGAAGAACAUUUUUUAUUCCGACAGUGAAGAUGCCAGUGAUCAUAAUGAAAAUGAUUCUGUAUCAGUCAGCAGUUGCAAAGAAGAUUAUAUUGAUGAUGAUAAUGAUAACACAUCAAGUGAUGAGGUUGAACAAGUAAUAGAAAAGGAUGAUAAAGUAUUAAACGACAGACGACUGGAAGAUGCUUUGACAGAAAACAAGAAUAGUUUGGAAAUUAAUGUUUCUAAUGUAUCUGAAGGUAUACCUAGAAAUAGUUAUUUGAUCAAGGAACACAUCCCUGAAGAAAAAGCAAAACUACUUGAAUCAAAUAAAACAACUCUAUGUGAAUUGUCUGAUACAGACGAAGAAAAUAUUUUACAAUCAGAAGUUGCAGUGUCCUUAGCGAAACAGGAAACGGGCUUUGCUGAUAUAGAUCCGUUGGUUGCACAAAAAAGGGCUCUUCUUGUUUGCAAAUUGGAACAGUUAGAAAACCAAUUAAGUAAAACAAAGUACAGGAGGAGUCAUAUUCCGACAAUUUUGAUUGUUAUAAUUCAGAUAACAUACCAUUUAGACAAAAAUCAUCUUCGAAAGAACUUGGGAAAAAAGCGCAAGCAACAUUGGAGAAAGAGUUAGCUCUGACAGCUGAUAGGUUGCAGGAUUUACAUGGAUCCCUUGUAGCUAGACCGACUGAGGAAGAAAGAGCAGAAGAUCCACAGGGCUUAAAAGUAAAAUUAAUGCCGCAUCAACAACACGCAUUGGCAUGGUUAAUGUGGAGAGAACAACAGAGGCCUCCUGGCGGUGUUCUCGCUGAUGAUAUGGGUUUGGGUAAAACCUUAACAAUGAUAUCUUUGGUUAUAGCCAGUAUCGCUAAAAGAAAAUCAGGAGUGGAGGAAUCGGACAGCGAGGAAUGGAUGGAUUCUAAUGCAUCGACGAAAUAUUAUAAAGGAGGUACGCUUGUAGUUUGUCCUGCGUCAUUGUUAUCACAAUGGGAGAAUGAAAUAAAUCAUAGAUGUAAACGUGGUAUGCUGUCCGUUAAAGUCUAUCACGGCACAAAUCGGGAGAAUGUGCCAAGAAAAUUAGCAAAAUACGACGUUGUUAUUACUACGUAUAAUCUUUUGACUCGUGAAUUUAAGAGCAACUCUACUGCCUAUAAGAUUUAUUGGGAACGCAUUAUACUGGACGAAGCGCACGUAAUUCGAAAUCACAAAAGUCAAGCUUCCCAGUCAGUAUGUGGUCUGGUAGCCCGCAAACGAUGGGCACUCACUGGUACACCAAUCCAGAAUAAGGAAAUGGAUUUAUAUUCUGUUUUAAAAUUUCUCAAGUGUUCUCCUUUCGACGACAUACGAGUAUGGAGGCGUUGGGUAGAUAACAAAUCAGCCGCUGGCCGUCAACGAUUGGCGACCGUGAUGAAAACAUUGAUGUUACGUAGAACGAAGCAGGAACUUCAAGCUAAAGGCGCGUUGGAAAGUCUUCCGGAAAAAUUUGUAGAAGAGAUAUCUGUAAAACUAGAUUCAGACGAACAACUGGUGUAUGAAAAAGUAUUGAUAUAUUCUCGUACGUUGUUUGCUCAAUUUUUGGCUCAAAGAGCUGAAAAGGAUCAUAUGAUCGAUUUAGCCGUUGGAAAAUACGAUAAACCAGCAUUUCUUUCGAAUCCAAAUAAAAGUACUCAGUUCACGAAGGCGCAGAAUAAAUUAUUAUCGUUACAUGCGGAUGUCAAAGCCCAUGAAAUUUUGGUUCUCUUACUAAGGUUACGGCAAAUUUGUGUUCAUCCGUCGCUUAUUCGUUCGAUGCUAGAUGAAGAAGAUAUCAAAGAGAGUGGUAUAACAGAGUCAGAAAAUUUAGAUUCAAAUUUAUUAUUACAAAUAAAUAAAAUAACACUGGAUGAUGAGCGAAACAACGAAGAAGAUACAAAUGAGGCAGAGAUUGGCGUUGAUCGCAGAGUGGCUGCCAAUUUACUCACGUCUAAGAAUCCUGUGUUCAAGUCCGAUCGUAUAAGUUCGAAAAUAAAAUUAGUGCUUCAUACAGUCGUGGAAAUUUUACGAAAAAAUGAUAAACUGAUCAUUGUUUCUCAAUGGACAAAUACACUGAAUAUUGUUGCAUCUUGUUUGUCCUCGAUAAAAGGCGCCAGUUUUGAUAUGUUUACGGGAAGUGUACCGAUCAAGGAAAGACAGGGUAUAAUGGAUUCGUUCAACUCUCCGAACAGCAAUCCAAAAAUAUUGUUGCUCUCACUUACCGCUGGAGGUGUUGGAUUAAACUUGGUAGGUGGGAAUCAUUUGUUGUUAAUUGAUAUUCAUUGGAAUCCGCAAUUGGAAGUACAAGCUCAAGAUAGGAUCUACCGCUUUGGACAGAAAAAAGAUGUAUUCAUAUACAAAUUCAUCUGUAAGGAUACGAUAGAAGAACGGAUAAAAUCUUUGCAGGAAAGGAAAGUGGAAAUAGCUCAAAAUGUUCUCAGUGGUGAUAAAAACUCUGCUGUCUCAAAACUUACACUUGAUGACCUAAAGUCACUAUUUGCUCUUUGA